GGCAACCAUUGGGCUGUUAUGUCGAUGAAACCAGUCAAAAUACAGGCUGGCGCAGUUAGGAACGCCUAAAACCCGCAGUAAGACCGAGUAUGCCCUUGCUAGAGGCGCCUGCCGAGUACUUGGAGCCCUCGCCGGAUCACUCCCUGCAGGCGGAGCUGCCGGUCCUCCUGGCGCCGCCGGGUCCGGCUGCCCUGGCACAGAUCCGAAUGCCGCCACCUGAGGUGCGGCUCAACCAACAGAAUCCCGGGCAGCAGCAGCAGCAGCGGGCUCAGAUCAAUCGACGGCAGCUGGCUCGCCGAAACUCCUUUGACCGGGAUGUGGCCAUUGCUGAGGAAACGCAACACUUUCCGGCUUUUGUGCAUCUGCUGCCAGUGGUGUUGCCCCAGCAGGCUCCGGAACCGACCUUGGAUGAGCUACUGCGCAGGGUGACCCAGCGCACGGACUUGGAAGCGGUGGAAUCAGUGCGCCUGCGCGUCAUUUCCUACACAAUCAGCCUGUCCCGGCUGUCACUCUUCCUGCCUCGCCUCCAGACACUUGACCUUAGCGGCAGCGUGCUUAGUUCACUGCGCGACUUGGGCUACGGACUGGUCCAGCUAACCCAGCUGGACAUCAGCAACUGUGGCUUAAAUAGUUUCGACGGUACCAGCGGGCUGCCGGGUAUCCGGGUGCUCAUCGCCGACGGCAACAUGAUCCAGCGCGUGGACCCCCUGGCCGAGCUCGUUCAUCUCAGAGUGCUGAGGGCGCGCGGCAAUCGGAUCAGCGAGCUGGGACUGCUCUCCUUCCUUGGCAUGUGUCCGCAGCUGCAGGAGGUAGAACUGCAGGGUAAUCCAGUCUGCCGGCUGCCCCUCUACCGCUCACUUCUCGCGCGAAGUGUUCCCACGCUUCUUCUGCUGGACGGACGGACACUGAAUACGGCGCCACCGGAGAUCGAAGAGAGUCCGUCUCCGGCCUCUAGUGAGCCUGAAUCGGCGGGCAGUUCGGAAUUACCGCUCCAAAGACCGGCCACAGCACCCGUGCCUACUCCCGCACAAAUCUCCUUGAAUGUCGGUAUCCGGCGACAGUUGUCGGCAAAUUCCAACUCCACUCCGGUGGCUGGAUCGGUUCUGGGCCUUGUCCGGCAGCGACGACGGCGCAGUGGCCACGCCUGGGUUAGUUCUUCCUCCUCGUCCGCAUCCAGUGGACCCUCAUCCGCCUCCUCGGAGAGAUCAACCCGUGCGCCAUCGGUGAGUUCGUGCUCUUCCCACAGCAGCCUGGACAUGCAGUCAUCAAACUAUGCCUUCAGCGCGCAGUCGACGCUGGACUAGACUCGAAAUGGUGAACUAAAUUAGAUAUUUUCUGGUUAUUUUUCAAGUUGCGUGAAAUUCAAAAGCUU